AUGCCCAAGAAAUCUGCCACCGAACUCAGCGAAUAUGAACUGCAACGACAGGAAAACAUAGCAAAGAACCAGGCUUUGCUGCGUCAAUUGCAACUCGAAGCCGCAUCUGCUGGUAUCGCGCCAAAGAAAGCCUCGCGUCCUACUCCCGACAAGUCUGCCAAAAAGAAGAAAACGCCUGUUCAAAAGAUCAAAGACGAGGUCCAGCCGAGAAGAACAUCGAGUCGUCUGAAGGGCAUUGUUGCAGACAGCGAGGUUGCAAAGAGGAAAGCAGAGGAAGAGUCCGAGUUGCUGGCUCAAGCCGAGCGAGCCAAACGACAACGCGUCUCUGAGGAUCUACGCUUCUCAGAUGUCGUCGUAGCAGGAAAGGACUGGGAUCAGAGUGGCAACUUCCUCCGACUCGUUGGACCCGCCAACCCAGGCGAACGAACAUUCAGCGCCCAAGACGUCAAGGAAACCACCGACAAGGAGCUGAAGGAGCUGAGAGAACGCAUGAGCAAUCUCGAGUUGUGGCAAGGCUUUGCACCAAGUCAGAUCAAAAUCACUCCCGAGCGAAUCUACUCGUUAGGCUUCCAUCCAACGACCGACAAAGCUCUCGUCUUUGCCGGAGACAAGCUAGGAAGCUUAGGUCUCUUCGACGCCUCCCAACAACCCACCCCUGCCGUCAAAAACGAAGACGACGAUGAAUCCGACGACGAAGAAGAAGCCAAACCCUCAAUCACCACCCUCAAGAUCCACACUCGCACAAUCUCCGCCUUCCAAUUCUCGCCCCACGACCCCAACGCUCUGUACUCUGCAAGUUACGACAGCUCGAUCCGCAAACUCGACCUUCAAAAAGGUGUAGCUGUAGAAGCCUAUGCGCCAAUCUCAAAAGACGACGAUGAACCCCUGAGUGGUGUCGAGAUGUCGCAAUUCGACCCCCAUACCCUCUUCUUCAGCACCCUGAACGGGAACUUUGGCCGUCACGAUACGAGGUCCAAACCAGGCAAUGGCACCGACAUCUUCGCCUUGUCAGAAAAGAAGAUAGGUGGAUUCAGUCUCAAUCCCGCGCACCCCCAUGUCUUCGCUACUGCAUCGCUAGAUCGUUAUCUACGUCUCUGGGACCUGAGAAUGAUAAAGGGGGAUGCAGACGACAAAGCACCAUUAGAGAUUGGAUCUCACGAGAGCAGAUUGAGUGUUUCGCACGCAGCCUUCAAUUCUGCAGGCCAGAUCGCCACAGCGAGUUAUGACGAUACGGUAAAAAUCUACGACUUCAGCAGUGUGGGUACAUUAUCUGCUGGUACAGAGCUGAGUGACGAACAAAUGACUCCCACGACCAUAAUACCCCAUAACAACCAGACCGGCCGCUGGGUCACCAUUCUUCGCGCACAAUGGCAACUCCAACCCGCCGACAACAUCCAACGCUUCGUCAUCGGAAACAUGAAUAGAUUUGUAGACGUCUACGCAUCGAAUGGACAGCAACUUGCUCAGUUGGGGGGUGAGGGUAUCACUGCCGUACCCAGUGUUGCACAAUUCCACCAGAGUAAGGAUUGGAUCGCUGCGGGUACUGCUAGUGGUAAACUGUGCUUGUGGAUGUGA